AUCCAAUAAUAAGUGAUUACAGGAUCCUCUAUGGUUUGUCUGAGGGAGAAGAAUCUGCAGCUUUAAGGAGACAUUGAUCUUUAUUUUGCAAGCAAACUAUAGCUUUGAUUAUUGAAAAGCAUUUCUAGAUAGAUUUAUGAUGAGUAGAGUCAUCGACCUGACCAGAGGGAAGAGUGAGUGCAUGCAGCCUGUAGACAUGGAUCUGGAGUACAACACUUCUUCUGGCAGCAUUUUAUUCCAGCAGACUGGAUUAUCUGGUGCUGAGCAGCAGCUGAUGAGAGUUUACCUCAGAGUCAGACCUUUUUCUAAAGAGGAGCUGUCUGACGAGGAGGAUCAGGACUGUGUUGUUAUUGAAAACAGACAGCUGGUGACACUAUAUGCACCUAAGGGUUCAGCCACCAUGAAGAGCAGUGAGAAAGGAGUUGGCACGUCCAUCUUUAAGUUCUCCUUUUCUCAGAUCUUUGGACCAGAAACGACACAGGCUGAGCUGUUCGAGGACACGGUCAGAAGUCAGUUGGUCGACUUCUUGGACGGGAAGAAUGCUCUGAUAUUCAGCUAUGGUGUAACCAAUGCUGGGAAAACCUUCACAAUCCAAGGAACAGCAAAAGAUCCCGGAAUUCUUCCCAGAGUGAUGGAGGCCACGUUCCAUCACAUCCAGGAGCGUCAGUAUGAGGGGAUGGACCUGAAACCUCACCUCAGGAGUGGUGUGCAGCAUCUGAGUCAGGACAAAGUCAAGAAGGAGAGAACUGCUAAAGCAGCUAUUUUCACUUUGGUUAAAGAAGAAUGUGAUCGUCUCAGAACCGGCAGUGGUUCAGAGUUCUCUGACAUCAAUCUGGCAUCUCCUCCUCCUUUCAGCAGUCAGGCAGUGACUCCCAGCAGCCCAACCAACAGUGAGCAGUUUGCUUUGUGGGUUUCAUUCUUUGAAAUCUACAAUGAGUGCGUGUACGACCUUCUCCAGCCUUCGUUCUCCAAGAAGCGGCCUUCUCUGCGAGUGUGCGACGAUGGAGCUGGAAAUGCUUACGUCAAAGAUGUCAGGUGGAUUAACAUCCACAGUCUGAGUGAAGCCUUCAAGCUGAUCCAGUUUGGAAAUAAGAACAGAAGUGCUGCAGCCACGAAGAUGAACCAGUCAUCCAGCAGAAGCCACGGCAUAUUCACCAUGAAGUUACUGAAGAUUGAUGGAGGUGAAGUGAAAAGGAUCUCAGAGUUUUCUCUGUGUGACCUGGCGGGCUCAGAAAGAUGCAACAAGACAAAGACUUUUGGAGAGAGGCUGAAAGAGGCCGGAAACAUCAACAACUCUCUUCUAAUUCUGGGGAAGUGCAUCUCUGCUCUGCGCAACAAUCAGACAGACAGAGCAAAGGCUAGUUAUAUUCCUUUCCGAGAAAGCAAGCUCACCAAGCUCUUCCAGGCUUUUUUCUGCGGGAAAGGCAAAGCCUCGAUGAUCGUCAACAUUAACCAGUGUGCUUCCACUUACGACGAGACGCUCCACGUCAUGAAAUUCUCUGCAGUUGCCAAAGAGGUGGUGCAGGUGAUCCCUGACAAACCUGCAGAUGCUCUGGUACCGUGUUUGGUCGGACGAGACGGGAAACCUCUCAUGAGGAACGGUGCAGUUGACGUCGCUCUGGAGAGCUACUUAUCUGAAGAGGAGCUGCUGGAUGAGAAUGAUGAGGCGGAUGUUUCUUUGCUGCCACAGAGUGAGCUUUUGAAUGUAAUUGACAAUCUAAGAACUAAACUGUUGGCUGAGCGACGGAAAAACUUGGUACAGGAAAUGGAAAUACGCAAGGAAAUGGGAGACGCCAUGUUGGAGCAGCUCAUGGAAAGUGAAGAGCAGCGCAUUCGACAGCUGGAAGAGCUGAAAGAGAGCUAUGAGGAAAAGCUGGAGGACACGUUUGAAGUAUACAAAGAAGCCAUCAAAGAGCACGCCUACCAGUGUGCGAUGAACAACCUGGAGGAUGAUUAUGUGCCGCUUGACGAGUUCACUGCUGAGCAGGAGAAAGUUGAGGCCCUCAGACAUAAAGUGGCGGAGCUGGAGAGUUUGUUGUCCAGUGGAAGAGGGGGUUCUCCCACUCCAACAAUAGAACUUUCCUGCCAGACGGAAACAUUAAAAGAAGAGGAAAAAGAUGAAAGAAGCAAACGGCUGUACAGAGAGAAAUGUGUCAUGGAGAAGAUGUGUGAAGAAAAACAGCAGUUAAUUUUAUCCUUGGAGAAAAGACUGAUGGAGCUCAACAACACUCUGAAGAAUGUCACAGAGAAAUUCUUGGAGAAAUCAUUCGAUCUGGAGGCUCAGCAGAAGAAAUCUGAUGAUCAGGCAAAAUCCAUUCUAGAGAUGUUGCGGAUGAAUGGAGAAAAAGACAGAGAGAUCGCUUCCUUGAAGGCUGAGCUCGCCAAAGUCCCCCAAAAAUCCCCGGUCCAGGUGAAAACCAAGCGAGGUCUGCUGGCCAACAUCAAGGAAGCGGUCACAUCCCCCCGGAAGGGCGCCAGCACCCGGAGUUUGAGGAAAACUGGUCAGACCCCAAAGCCUUAAAGGACAGCUUCAGUAAACUGUAGAGGUUUCUUUUUGUUUUUAAAGCUUCACUUCUUCCAUAUUUUAAAGUUCACUUGUGAAACAAUUUUUAGAAAUUCUCUUUUUUUUUUUUUGUUUAAACUAAAUAUUUUUGAUUGUAUUUUUUUUUCUUUUUAUGUCUGUGUCCCAUGCUUUUUAAAUAAAAUCUGUUCUGAUUUA